UUUGCAUUUUAAUUGCAUUUCCUGAAUAAAAAACAAGAAAACAAAAAAAAAACCAUGUCAGCAGCUUUUCGUUUAAGCUCAAAAAUUUUAAUACCAAGUGGCAAAUGUUAUGUUACCAUGAGACCAAUGCUACAAAAUAUAAAUAGAAUAUCACAAUUUGAAUCAAUUUCUCCAUAUUUAAUGAAUUUAAAAACUAAUCCUAACCUUGGAAUGAUUGGUUAUUCAAUGGUACCUGUUCUUAAUUACUCCUCAAAAAGUUUUGUAACUGAAAUCGAAGUUGAAAAUUCUGAUGAAAAUGUUCAACUUUAUAGUGAUCUUUUUAAACAUAAUAAUCAUCAUGUGCCAUGGAGGGAAUAUAGUCAAGACAAAAUGGAUAAGAAAAAACAUAAUGAAAAAGAAAAAUUGAUUGUAAAACCAAUAACUAAAAAUUUGACAUAUAUCUCAGCAAGACCAGAAAAAUUGGAAAUUGAUAAAAAUUUAAAAAUCCAAACACCAAUUGAUAGACCACUAUGUCUUUUGUUCUCUUAUAUGUUAGCUAAAAAAAAGCAUUUACUGAAAUUUGCAAAAAUUUACACAGAUCUUGGUUUUGAUGUACUUUUAGUAGAAAUAACACCAUGGCAAUUAUUAUGGCCAACAAAAGGAUCACAAUUGAUUGCUAAUGAUACUGUCAAUUUUUUAUAUAACAAUCAAGAAAAAUAUUCUCCAAUGAUAAUUCAUGGAUUUUCUGUUGGUGGUUAUCAAUGGGGAGAAUUAAUGGUUAUAAUGUCACGUGAUUUACCUAAAUAUCAACCAGUUUUAGACAAAUUUAGAGCUCAAAUUUGGGAUAGUGCUGCUGAUAUCUCAGAAAUAUCAGUUGGUUUACCAAAAGCUAUUUUUCCAAAAAAUUUAACUUUACAAGCGGCUUUACGAAAUUAUGCUAUUUAUCAUUUAAAAACAUUUUAUCAAGCAGCUACAGUUCAUUAUGCUCGUUCAAGUAAUUUUUUCCAUUUUCCUUUACUGAAAGCUCCUGCAUUAUUUUUAGUAUCAAAAAUAGAUCCUGUUGGAUCGGUUCCUUCGAAUUGGAGUGUUAAGGAGGAUAUGGAAUCAAUUGGAAUCAAAACAACUUGGCAAUGUUGGGAUGAUUCACAUCAUGUUAUGCAUUACUUAAAAUAUCCAGAUCAGUAUUUAGAUUUGAUUUAUAAACACCUUCGUGAAACUCAUGUUUUAGAAGAUGUUGCCCAAAAAACUGGUAUAGCAAAAUUAUAAAAUUAUCUAACUCUUUAAAUAUAAUGGAAAUGAAAGAGGAAAUAAUUAAAUCUUUAUUUAAAAAAAAAAAAUAGGAAAAGUACUAUUAACGUUUUGGUUAAUGAAAAGAUUAAUAAAAAAUAUUGAACAACAAUAUGUUAUUAAAUUAAUAUUAUAAUAGUCAUUGUAAAUUUUAAUCUAUUAAUUUGAAAUUUGUAUUUAUUUUUGUAUUUUUCUAUUAUGGAUUUUUCUCUUAAAAAAUUUUAAUUAUGUUUACGAACAUAAAUUUUUUUGGUUCUAUUUUAUGUAAUUGAAAAUGACAUGGCAUUAAAUUUG